AUGCCCCCACUCCACACAGCCCCGUACCGUGCCCUGCUACUGCUGCCACCUGCGCCAGCAUCCUCGACAUAUGCAUCGCUGAAGGCCGCAUACCAUGCCCCACUCUCUACUGUGCUUAGGGAGCUGCGGCAGGCCCAGGAACCUGCUCUGCUAGAGAUUGCCCUGCCAUGUCCACACUUGUAUGGGCAUCUUGACGAGCCAAGGGGACCGCUGUACGAUGUCACACAACAACUCGUCGCCGACGUCUACAAGUUGAUAUGCAUCGUUGCGGCCAGGAAUGCAAUCGAUACCGAGGAUGCAGAGGGUGUCGACGCCCGCAUCAUACUGGUAGCCCAUCCAAGAGACGGGACGCUGCAGCACUCUUCUGAAGACUCUACACCAGAGCAAGAGGUGCAAGGCCCCGCCAUCAGCUUACACACGCUUGCUCAGAGCUCCAGGAAGUGGAGAGCUGUGUACUCCGUGGAGAGUGAAGAAGGAGAGCGCCUCUCAAAGAGCUUUCUCGCCAUCUCCAAAGACACCACGGUGUCUCGAGUACGAGGUGGCAUAGUUGUCAACGCAAGCGUCUCAGACUCGACGGCUGCCGCUGCUCUCAAAAAGGACUACUGUCCUACUAUGAAGCAUCUCUCCGUUGCUGUGGGCGGGACGUUCGAUCAUCUUCACAUUGGCCACAAAUUACUGCUCACUAUGUUUGCCUUCGUACUGGGUCGCAGACAGCAGUCAGACCAUUCCAGCGUUCUCACAGUGGGGAUAACAGGUGAUGCUCUUCUCGUGAACAAGAAGUUUGCUGACCAACUCGAAAGUUGGAAGGCUCGUCAGGAAGCAACGCAUAACUUUCUACAUUCGAUCGUGUACUUUGGACAGCCUGACGACAGUCGUAUCAGGAUCCAGGAAGUCAACGAGCCGGGUCCCAAUGGGCAUGCCGUACACGUUAGCUAUCCGUUCGGUUUGACUAUUAGAUAUGUUGAGAUCUGGGAUCCUUUUGGCCCUACCAUCACCGAUGAGGAGAUUACAGCAUUGGCUCUCUCACUCGAGACCAGAGGCGGCGGUGCUGCCGUCAACGAAAAGCGGAAGGAACAGGGCUGGGACCCACUUGAGGUCUAUGAAGUGGCCGUUCUCGAUGCCAGCGAAGAAGACAGCGUUGAUGAGACGUUCCAGAGCAAACUGAGCAGUACGGAGAUUCGUCGAAAACGGAGUGAACUUGUCAAGCCAAGGGCAAAAGCAUGA